AUGACAUCUACACCAAAUCCCUUCUCGCGGAGGACGCGUGGUCUUCCACGCCGGGACUAUAAUGCUUUACACAAUGGCCUGGUCUCAUCACCUUCCGAGCAAUCCGAGGAAUCUAUUUGUGAAAUAGGAAGACCGUACUCUCCAGAGCCCUCCUCGUCUGUAGACACCGAGGAAAUACCCCGAUCUAAACGGUCUUACUGUAUGCCCAGCUCUUCACCCCACCCGAUUGAUCUGGCAUUGUCGGAUAGCACGAGCAAUGCGAGUAGCCCGCACCCGCAUAAGAGCCGAAAAAUCAAGUCAUAUUCCAGCUGGACCAUUGAGCACUUUUGGACCACGGAACUGGACAACACUUGGUGUCGGCAGGGUGGUCCACCGAAGAAAGACCGACUGCUAGUUUGCAAGCAUUGUAACUGGUCCUCUAGGGAUUCGGCGCGCUAUGGUUCCACAUCGAAUUUAUCGGUGCAUCUCCAGACUAAGCAUCGCAUCAAAUCCGGGACCCACUCCAUGUUCUUGCCCACUGCGGAAGGGAAUCUUGAUCAGUUUUUCGAGUUACCGAGGAAACACGUUGAUGUUGGAAAUGCACUAGUCCAAUGGGUCAUCCAAACCAGACAGCCUUUCACAGUCGUGGAGCAUCCCGCGUUCAAGGCGCUUAUUGAAGCGACGGGGGCUAAAUUGCCCAUCAAGACCGCUGAUACCCUUUGCAACAGAAUCAAGGAAGCAUUUCAUUUGACUAGGGCUUGUGUGAAAGACGAGCUUGCCAGGAGUAGUCGGACGCUCGCACUCUCUCUUGACGUUUGGACGUCAGAGAAUCAGAUUGCGAUAAUGGGUAUCAUGGGUCAUUGGAUCUCACCCGAGUUUGCAAAGAGAGAAGAGCUCCUUGAAUUCACCGACAUCAAUGGACCGCAUUCUGGCGAAAAUCUAGCGGAGAUUGUGUUCAAGCUGCUAGAGGAACUUGACAUCGCGCCCAAGCUCCUGACCAUCACAGGGGAUAAUGCAAGCAACAAUGGGACCCUCUGCGAUAGCCUCCAUGAGGAGCUCCUUAAAAAGUACGACAAUGAUGAUGACCGCUUUCGCAUUAGGCCUUUAAUGCGGUUCCGUGGACGGCAGAGCUUCAUUCCUUGCCUUGCCCAUAUCCUCAAUCUAAUUUGCAAGGACGUGCUAGCUUCUUUAAAGGCUGGCUCGGCUCGAGAAGCGAAGGCGAUGCUGGACGACAUGGCCAUCCAUACUAGUCCAGUAUUCAACUCCCUUCACAGCACAAAGGGUGCAAUUAUGAAAAUCCGACUUCUGACCCUUUGGAUCGCCCGCAGCCCACAGCGCCGCCAAGAUUGGAAAGAAGUGUCACCCGGCAAACAAGUCAGUUAUGAUGUUGACACCCGAUGGAAUUCGACUUAUAUCAUGAUUCAGGAUGCACUUCGGCUGCAAACUCAGCUCGGACAAUUUGUUCGGAUACAUCCAGAAGUGCAGGCCCUUCAGCUCACCGAUGACGAAUGGUCAACGCUUCAGCAAGUGGCGAAGAUUCUCAAGCCAUUCUGGGAUCACACAAACGCCGUGUCAAAGGCUCGUCCGACAAUUGUGGAAAGUCUACCGAUUUACUGGAGCUUGGACGACUUGUUAAACGAUGUCCGGAAUGCAGAGGGAGAUUUUGAAGACGUUAACAUUGAAAUUCGAGAUGCAGUGGAAAGAGGGAUUCGAAAGAUGAAUAAGUUUGCGAGGAAAAUGGACGACAACCUUCUUUACUACGUCGCUUCCGUUUUGGAUCCGCGAAUCAAGUCGUCCUUGAUUGUGUCGCAGAUGAGUGAGCAGGAUUCGGGGCUCAUUGUUUCUCAAGUGCGCAACUUCCUUAAGAAAGAAUAUCCUCCAGAGGCAGUUGUCUCACAUGAAUCUGAGCAUUCACGUCCACCGGGGAUGUCGGAAACAAUGUGGAGAACUCUGCGCAAAGUCCAGCCGGCUCAAGGGAGUCUAACAUCCGACAUUGAUAAGUAUCUGGACUCACCACCGGUGAGCUGGUCCCACCACAUGAUCGGCGAUGCGGACGAAGAAUGGGUCUUGAAAUGGUGGAGGGCUAACAAAUUUAAUUUCCCGCUCAUGGCAAAAGCCGCUCGCGACUACCUAGCGAUCCCCUCUGCAGAGGUCGGUAUUGAACGUGAGUUUAGUAAUGCUAGAGAUGUGUUGGGCCUCCGCAGACACUGUCUGAAUGCGGAGACUAUGCGAUGGUUGAUGCUAUUGAAAGAACGGUAUUCAGCAUAG